AUGAGUGGCGGGCUCGGUGUGGUGGAGGGGCCCAUCAGACCGGCACCCGGCCCUCCUCCUGACUCGUCUCCGGCCACCACAGACCAGCACCCGGCCCCUCCUCCUGACUCGUCUCCGGCCACCACAGACCAGCACCCGGCCCCUCCUCCUGACUCGUCUCCGGCCACCACAGAGCGGCACAGGCCCCUCCUCCUGACUCGUCUCCGCCCACCACAGAGCGGCACCCGGCCCCUCCUCCUGACUCGUCUCCGGCCACCACAGAGCGGCACCCGGCCCCUCCUCCUGACCCGUCUCCGGCCACCACAGAGCGUCACCCGGCCCCUCCUCCUGACUCGUCUCCGCCCACCACAGAGCGUCACCUGGCCCCUCCUCCUGACUUGUCUCCGGCCACCACAGACCGGCACCCGGCCCCUCCUCCUGACUCGUCUCCGGCCACCACAGAGCGGCACCCGGCCCCUCCUCCUGACUCGUCUCCGCCCACCACAGACCAGCACCCGGCCCCUCCUCCUGACUCGUCUCCGGCCACCAGAGCGUCACCCGGCCCCUCCUCCUGACUCGUCUCCGCCCACCACAGAGCGUCACCUGGCCCCUCCUCCUGACUUGUCUCCGGCCACCACAGACCGGCACCCGGCCCCUCCUCCUGACUCGUCUCCGCCCACCACAGAGCGGCACCCGGCCCCUCCUCCUGACUCGUCUCCGGCCACCACAGACCGGCACCCGGCCCUCCUCCUGACUCGUCUCCGGCCACCACAGAGCGGCACCCGGCCCCUCCUCCUGACUCGUCUCCGGCCACCACAGACCAGCACCCGGCCCCUCCUCCUGACUCGUCUCCGGCCACCACAGAGCGGCACCCGGCCCCUCCUCCUGACUCGUCUCCGCCCACCACAGACCAGCACCCGGCCCCUCCUCCUGACUCGUCUCCGGCCACCACAGAGCGAGCGGCACCCGGCCCCUCCUCCUGACUCGUCUCCGGCCACCACAGACCAGCACCCGGCCCCUCCUCCUGACUCGUCUCCACCCACCACAGAGCGGCACCCGGCCCCUCCUCCUGACUCGUCUCCGCCCACCACAGACCAGCACCCGGCCCCUCCUCCUGACUCGUCUCCGGCCACCACAGAGCGGCACCCGGCCCCUCCUCCUGACUCGUCUCCGGCCACCACAGAGCGGCACCCGGCCUCUCCUCCUGACUCGUCUCCGGCCACCACAGAGCGGCACCCGGCCCCUCCUCCUGACUCGUCUCCGGCCACCACAGAGCCACACCCGGCCCCUCCUCCUGACUCGUCUCCGGCCACCACAGAGCGGCACCCGGCCCCUCCUCCUGACUCGUCUCAGGCCACCACAGAGCGGCACCCGGCCCCUCCUCCUGACUCGUCUCCGGCCACCACAGAGCGGCACCCGGCCCCUCCUCCUGACUCGUCUCCGGCCACCACAGAGCGGCACCCGGCCCCUCCUCCUGACUCGUCUCCGGCCACCACAGACCGGCACCCGGCCCCUCCUCCUGACUCGUCUCCGGCCACCACAGACCGGCACCCGGCCCCUCCUCCUGACUCGUCUCCGGCCACCACAGAUCGGCACCCAGCCCCUCCUCCUGACUCGUCUCCGGCCACCACAGAUCGGCACCUGGCCCCUCCUCCUGACUCGUCUCCGGCCACCACAGAGCGGCACCCGGCCCCUCCUCCUGACUCGUCUCCGGCCACCACAGAGCGGCACCUGGCCCCUCCUCCUGACUCGUCUCCGGCCACCACAGAGCGGCACCCGGCCCCUCCUCCUGACUCGUCUCCGGCCACCACAGAGCGGCACCCGGCCCCUCCUCCUGACUCGUCUCCGGCCACCACAGACCGGCACCCGGCCCCUCCUCCUGACUCGUCUCCGGCCACCACAGAGCCACACCCGGCCCCUCCUCCUGACUCGUCUCCGGCCACCACAGAGCGUCACCCGGCCCCUCCUCCUGACUCGUCUCCGGCCACCACAGAGCGGCACCCGGCCCCUCCUCCUGACUCGUCUCCGGCCACCACAGAGCGGCACCCGGCCCCUCCUCCUGACUCGUCUCCGGCCACCACAGAGCGGCACCCGGCCCCUCCUCCUGACUCGUCUCCGGCCACCACAGACCGGCACCCGGCCCCUCCUCCUGACUCGUCUCCGGCCACCACAGAGCGGCACCCGGCCCCUCCUCCUGACUCGUCUCCGGCCACCACAGAUCGGCACCCAGCCCCUCCUCCUGACUCGUCUCCGGCCACCACAGAUCGGCACCUGGCCCCUCCUCCUGACUCGUCUCCGGCCACCACAGACCGGCACCCGGCCCCUCCUCCUGACUCGUCUCCGGCCACCACAGAGCGGCACCUGGCCCCUCCUCCUGACUCGUCUCCGGCCACCACAGAGCGGCACCCGGCCCCUCCUCCUGACUCGUCUCCGGCCACCACAGAGCGGCACCCGGCCCCUCCUCCUGACUCGUCUCCGGCCACCACAGAACGGCACCCGGCCCCUCCUCCUGACUCGUCUCCGGCCACCACAGAGCGGCACCCGGCCCCUCCUCCUGACUCGUCUCCGGCCACCACAGACCGGCACCCGGCCCCUCCUCCUGACUCGUCUCCGGCCACCACAGACCGGCACCCGGCCCCUCCUCCUGACUCGUCUCCGGCCACCACAGACCGGCACCCGGCCCCUCCUGACUCGUCUCCGGCCACCACAGACCGGCACCCGGCCCCUCCUCCUGACUCGUCUCUGGCCACCACAGAUCGGCACCCGGCCCCUCCUCCUGACUCGUCUCCGGCCACCACAGACUGGCACCCGGCCCCUCCUCCUGACGCAUCUCCGGCCACCACAGAUCGGCACCCGGCCCCUCCUCCUGACUCGUCUCCGGCCACCACAGAGCGGCACCCGGCCCCUCCUCCUGACUCGUCUCCGGCCACCACAGAGCCACACCCGGCCCCUCCUCCUGACUCGUCUCCGGCCACCACAGAACGGCACCCGACCCCUCCUCCUGACUCGUCUCCACCCACCACAGAGCCACACCCGGCCCCUCCUCCUGACUCGUCUCCGGCCACCACAGAGCGGCACCCGGCCCCUCCUCCUGACUCGUCUCCGGCCACCACAGACCGGCACCCGGCCCCUCCUCCUGACUCGUCUCCGGCCACCACAGACCGGCACCCGGCCCCUCCUCCUGACUCGUCUCCGGCCACCACAGACCGGCACCCGGCCCCUCCUCCUGACUCGUCUCCGGCCACCACAGAGCGGCACCUGGCCCCUCCUCCUGACUCGUCUCCGGCCACCACAGAGCGGCACCCGGCCCCUCCUGACUCGUCUCCGGCCACCACAGACCGGCACCCGGCCCAUCCUCCUGACUCGUCUCCGGCCACCACAGAGCCACACCCGGCCCCUCCUCCUGACUCGUCUCCGGCCACCACAGACCGGCACCCGGCCCCUCCUCCUGACUCGUCUCCGGCCACCACAGACCGGCACCCGGCCCCUCCUCCUGACUCGUCUCCGGCCACCACAGAGCGGCACCCGGCCCCUCCUCCUGACUCGUCUCCGGCCACCACAGAGCGGCACCCGGCCCCUCCUCCUGACUCGUCUCCGGCCACCACAGAGCCACACCCGGCCCCUCCUCCUGACUCGUCUCCGGCCACCACAGAACGGCACCCGGCCCCUCCUCCUGACUCGUCUCCACCCACCACAGAGCCACACCCGGCCCCUCCUCCUGACUCGUCUCCGGCCACCACAGAGCGGCACCCGGCCCCUCCUCCUGACUCGUCUCCGGCCACCACAGAGCGUCACCCGGCCCCUCCUCCUGACUCGUCUCCGCCCACCACAGACCGUCACCCCGCCCCUCCUCCUGACUCGUCUCCGGCCACCACAGAGCGGCACCCGGCCCCUCCUCCUGACUCAUCUCCGGCCACCACAGAGCGGCACCCGGCCCCUCCUUCUGACUCGUCUCCGCCCACCACAGACCGGCACCCGGCCCCUCCUCCUGACUCGUCUCCGGCCACCACAGACCAGCACCGGCCCCUCCUCCUGACUCGUCUCUGGCCACCACAGAGCGUCACGUGA